AUGUGUGUGGAACUGUACAGCUACACUGAGAACAUGGAAUUCACCACUAACAGGAGGUGCUUUGAAGAAGACUUCAAGACUCAAGUGCAGGGCAACGAGUGGCUGGAACUGGAGGAAGAUGCCCAAAAGGCCUAUGUGAUGGGACUCCUGGACCGGCUGGAGGUGGUCAGUAGGGAGCGGCGGCUGAAGGUGGCCCGGGCUGUUCUCUACCUGGCCCAGGGUGCUUUUGGGGAAUGUGAUUCAGAAGUUGAUGUGCUACACUGGUCCAGGUACAACUGCUUCCUGCUUUAUCAGAUGGGGACCUUCUCGGCCUUCCUGGAGCUACUCCACAUGGAAAUUGACAACAGCCAGGCCUGCAGCAGCGCCCUCCGGAAGCCAGCCAUCUCCAUUGCCGACAGCACAGAGCUGCGGGUGCUGCUGAGUGUCAUGUACCUGAUGGUGGAAAACAUCCGCUUGGAGCGAGAAACCGACUCCUGUGGGUGGAGGACGGCCCGGGAGACCUUCCGUGCUGAAUUGAGCUUCUCCGUGCAUAACGAGGAGCCAUUUGCCCUCCUGCUCUUCUCCAUGGUUACCAAAUUCUGCAGCGGCCUGGCCCCCCACUUCCCCAUCAAGAAGGUCCUGCUUCUGCUGUGGAAGGUGGUCAUGUUUACUCUCGGUGGAUUUGAGCAUCUCCAGGUUCUCAAAAUACAGAAGCGGGCAGAGCUGGGCCUGCCUCCCCUGGCUGAGGACAGCAUCCAGGUGGUACGGAGCAUGCGUGCCGCCUCCCCACCCUCCUACACCCUCGACCUGGGCGAGUCUCAGCUGGCGCCUCCACCUUCCAAGCCGCGUGGCCGACGUGGCUCUCGGAGGCAACUCCUUACCAAGCAGGACAGCCUGGACAUCUACAAUGAGCGGGAUCUCUUUAAGACUGAGGACCCAGCCCCAGAGGAGGAAGAGGAGUCUGCUGGUGACGGAGAACGAGCCCUGGAUGGGGAGCUAGACCUUUUAGAGCAGGACCCUCUGGUGCCGCCACCACCCUCCCAGGCACCCCUCUCUGCCGAGCGGGUGGCCUUUCCCAAGGGCUUACCCUGGGCCCCAAAGGUCAGGCAGAAGGACAUUGAGCACUUCCUGGAGAUGAGCAGGAACAAGUUCAUCGGCUUCACUCUGGGGCAGGACACAGACACCUUGGUUGGAUUACCUAGGCCCAUCCAUGAGAGUGUGAAAACCCUAAAGCAGCACAAGUACAUCUCCAUUGCCGACGUCCAGAUCAAGAACGAGGAGGAGCUGGAGAAGUGCCCCAUGUCUUUGGGGGAAGAGGUGGUCCCAGAGACCCCGUGUGAAAUCCUCUACCAGGGCAUGCUGUACAGCCUCCCCCAGUACAUGAUUGCCCUACUUAAGAUUCUGCUGGCUGCAGCCCCCACCUCCAAGGCGAAGACAGACUCAAUCAAUAUUCUGGCAGACGUCCUGCCCGAGGAGAUGCCCGUCACUGUUCUGCAGAGCAUGAAGCUGGGCAUUGAUGUGAACAGGCACAAAGAGAUCAUUGUCAAAAGUAUCUCUGCCUUGCUCCUGCUCCUCCUGAAGCACUUCAAACUCAACCACAUCUACCAGUUUGAAUAUGUGGCACAGCAUUUGGUGUUUGCCAACUGUAUCCCCUUGAUCCUGAAGUUCUUCAAUCAAAAUAUCUUGUCCUACAUCACUGCCAAAAACAGCAUCCCGGUCCUGGAUUACCCCUGCUGUACCAUCCAGGAUUUGCCGGAGCUUACUACCGAGAGUCUGGAAGCUGGAGACAACAACCAGUUCUGCUGGAGGAACCUCUUUUCCUGCAUCAACCUCCUGCGGCUGCUCAAUAAAUUGACCAAAUGGAAGCAUUCCAGGACCAUGAUGCUGGUGGUGUUUAAAUCGGCCCCAAUCUUAAAGCGGGCCCUCAAGGUCAAACAGGCCAUGCUGCAACUUUAUGUCCUGAAGCUGCUAAAGAUACAGACCAAGUACCUAGGGCGCCAGUGGAGGAAGAGCAACAUGAAAACCAUGUCAGCCAUUUACCAGAAGGUGCGGCACCGCAUGAAUGAUGACUGGGCCUACGGGAAUGACAUCGAUGCCAGACCCUGGGACUUCCAAGCGGAAGAAUGCACACUGAGGGCCACCAUCGAAGCCUUUAACAGCCGUCGGUACGACAGAGCCCAGGACUCUGAGUUUUCACCUGUGGAUAACUGCUUGCAGAGUGUUCUGGGCCAGAGGCUGGAGCUGCCUGAGGAUUUCCACUAUUCGUAUGAGCUCUGGCUCGAGAGAGAGGUGUUCUCCCAGCCCAUCUGUUGGGAGGAGCUACUGCAGAGUCACUGA